CUGGCUCAAGAUUACGCAGAAAGGCAUAAACAGUAUUCUUUGCUACCAAUUUAUGUGAGACUUGCACGUUCUGAUGAUUUGUUCCUGAGCCCUGCAAGCAAGUUUAGACUUGACGGUUCUCUCAGUGAUCACAGCUGUUACAUUGAGGUAAGAAAAAAAAACAUCUCUAAGAAUUACCAUAAAAUAAGACAUUAGUAAGGAUUGAAUCUUUACUUCAUGCUUUUUUAUCUUUUUUUUUUCACAGGUACCAUUUCUCCCUGGAGCAUAUGGCAUUGACGAGUUCCAGGAGAUGGUAGAGGUCUAGCUCUAAGAGGAGUUCAAAGCGAGGCCACACUGGGGAAAGAAUAAUCGCCUAACCCAGUCUAAGGUCGAGGAGAUCUACCCCGCGGAUAGCCUGAAAAAAUGGGGGGCAGUGUACAGGAUAUUUAACAGAGGAGGACCGUUUGAAAAUCGCUUCACAUAUAAUAUGGGUUUUGCCAAAUUGUUUGAUCAUCCUAUCGACGAGCAGCCUUCUGCCUAA